CUUAACAAUCUUGCCUUGCGAUCUCUGGGACCUGUUUGAAACUUAAAUGUACGAGGGGAAGAACGACAGUACAUGGUAGGUUUGCAAACAGUAGUCAAAUAGACUCCGUUUCCUUUCUUUUUCUAUAGCAACUUGAAAUGACAAGGACGCAAUUAACAUUUUCAGUGCGAUCAGAUACCCUCCUGGUUGGACAGGGUCCCAAAACGCCGAACUCUGAGCCGCUCCGAGGCGCCUGUGCGAGUACAGGUACGGAAUAAAGUGAUGCCAACAGUCAGUCAGCAGAGAAUGGAACUAGAGGUGGAGUUUGGCCACCAGACAGAAAAAUAACUCUUCUCUGAGAACAUUAAUGGGGAAGAAAUUUGACCUACAAAGUACGGGCCGCUGGGGAUUUGUUUAUUUUUUUCUGAGGAGAAGACAAAAUUUUUGCUAAGUGCAUUUUGCUGGUUAGCGGUUUCUCACACCAAAACCUUCCCUUCGGUUGCACGGGGUGCGGCGGGGGAUGCACGGGGAUCUGAGCUUUCCGAGCGCUUCGGAGGGCCCGCGUGAUGCACUUCAGUGCACUGGUGCUCGGACAGCUGCCGCUAGACCAGCAAAUCCCAGCGGGAUGGGAGGGCUGGGAGGCGCUGGGAGCUGGGAAUGAGGAGUGACACUGCCAGGGACCCAGCCAGGGCUCAGCUCCCACCCACUCUGCUGCUGAAAAAGGAGUCAAAGCACUCCAGGCUUUCCUCCUGACAAAGAUCUCGUGAAGAAAGCAGCAGUUCCUGUGGCAUGAGCUUCCCAUCUUCUGUGGGAGUUCCUGGUGCCAGCAGGCAACUGUGUGUAAGUAGAUGAAGACACAGCUGAUCUACUGUACCUUCUGUUUUCAUCCACACUUUUGAGCACCUUAAUAACGAAUGAAUCAGCUAACAAGAGUUUGUAUAGGGAAGAAAUAUUCUAUACUUAUAUUUAACCCAACUCGGCAGCUUUUUAAAUGGGAGAUCUGUAAACAGUGCCAUACAAGACCGCCUCUGCUUUCCUCACCGUGCUGCUGCUGUGCUGCCCGGCACAGCUGGCGUUUGUACACGAGAAACUGCUGUAUUUAGUGCUGCAAGGCCCAUAUUUAACUGCUCCUGUGUGAAUUAUUUCUACCAUUUAACAAGCAAUCCGCUGAGCGCUCUGAGAGGUGAAGAAACGCGUGUGAGCUCCGAUAACCAGCAGCAGGGUUUGCUGUAUUACUGGUUUCUGUUCUCAUUGGGACCAGGGUUAGCUGUGGCAGGCCUUGACAUGUUCCUGUGUGAAGAUCUCACAUCGAGGUGAUGGAAAUGCCACCGCUCCAGCCCAUCUGCAGCACCGGUGUGAAGGCAGCCAGCUGCAAGGGUGGGAUGGGGUGCAAGUCCAGCUGCAGGGGUGGGGAAGGCAUUUGGAAGGCAAAGUUGACAGAGAAAACCUCAAAAGGCAAAGCUGUUUGUCUCUGCUCUGUGCUGUGAGCGUUUGCACGUCCCCCAGAGCGGAUUAGGAAGGGGAAACAGGACAGAGACAGAGGUUUGGUUUCUGGGGUGUUGCAGAUGAUGAUAUACCUCAACUAAAGCUCGGCACUUUCGCUGGUGGUGGGGGACAUUCCAAGGGCAGGAGCAGCUGCCCCCGCUCUGGAGCUGAUCCAACCGGCCCUGGCAGCCCAUGGCUGGCUGUCCAUGGUCCUGCUGACCAUGAGACUGCUGACCAUGGUCCUGCUGACCGUGAUCCCACUGACCAUGGCCCUGUUGACCACAGUCCUGCUGACCACAGUCCCACUGCCCACAGUCCCACUGCCCACGGUCCUGCUGACCGUGAUCCCACUGACCACAGUCCUGCUGACCAUGAACCUGCUGUCCACAGUCCUGCUGAUCGUGAUCCCACUGACCACAGUCCUGCUGACCAUGAUCCCACUGCCCACGGUCCUGCUGACCAUGAUCCCACUGCCCACAGUCCUGCUGACCAUGAUCCCACUGACCACAGUCCUGCUGACCAUGAUUCCACUGACCACAGUCCUGCUGACCGUGCCACUGACCACAGUCCUGCUGACCACGGUCCCACUGACCACGGUUCUGCUGACCAUGAUCCUACUGCCCACGGUCCUCCAGCUGACCACAGUCCUGCUGACCGUGAUCCCACUGACCAUGGUCCCACUGCCCACAGUCCCACUGCCCACGGUCCUGCUGACCAUGAUCCCAUUGCCCACAGUCCUGCUGACCGUGAUCCCACUGACCACUGCCCACUGCCCACUGACCACAGUCCUGCUGACCACAGUCCCACUGACCACAGUCCCACUGCCCACGGUCCUGCUGACCGUGAUCCCACUGACCACAGUCCUGCUGACCAUGAGCCUGCUGACCAUGGUCCCACUGACCAUGGUCCCACUGCCCACAGUCCUGCUGACCGUGAUCCCACUGUCCACAGUCCUGCUGACCGUGAUCCUGCUGACCACAGUCCUGCUGACCACAGUCCUGCUGACCAUUAUCCCACUGCCCACGGCCCUGCUGACCAUGAUCCCGCUGACCACUGCCCACUGACCACAGUCCUGCUGACCACAGUCCUGCUGACCACAGUCCUGCUGACCACUGUCCUGCUGACCACUGUCCUGCUGACCACAGUCCUGCUGACCACUGUCCUGCUGACCACUGUCCUGCUGACCACGGUCCUGCUGACUGUGAUCCCACUGACCAUGGUCCCACUGCCCACUGCCCACUGCCCCACUGCCCCACUGCCCACUGCCCACUGCCCACAGC